UUCGUUCGAACACACGUCUGCUCAGUCAAAGAUUAAUGAGUGGUAACUACGAAAAAUGGAAGCAUCGUUUGAGAAAUGAAGAAAACGAGAUGGGGGAGGGGGUACAGAAAAUCAAGUGAUGAUGCCUGGUGAAUGGACAGGUAUUGAACAAGCAGGCUGAUUAUUUUCAGACAGCUGCAUAGCUAAUGGUCUUUAACUCUGUAGCUAUGGAAGCAGAGGCAAGCCCGCUACACGUGGAGUUUCCCGACUUCUCCUGCUCCAUCCUGCAGAAGCUGAAUCGGCAGAGGCAGCUGGGCCAGCUGUGCGACAUCACCGUGGUGAUCCAGGGCCACCGCUUCCGAGCCCACCGGGCCGUGCUGGCGGCCAGCUCGCCCUACUUCUGCGACCAGGUCCUGCUGAAGAACAGCAUGCGCGUGGUCCUGCCCGACGUCAUGCUCCCCAGCGUGUUCGAGAGCCUCCUCCACUCGUGCUACACGGGCACCCUCCUGCUGCCCGCGGGCGAGGUGGUGGCCUUCCUGACGGCCGCCAGCUUCCUGCAGAUGUGGCACGUGGUGGACAAGUGCACCGAGCUGCUGGAGGGCAACCCGGCCGCCGUGUGCCGCAAGUCCGAGCCGGGGAGCGCCCGCCCGUCGCCGGGCAACAGCGGCUACGGCAGCCCGAGCGAGGGCUUUGACCUGGCGCCGGAGCUCGGCCUGUUCGGCAGGACCUCCGACUGCGAGGACGGGGAGGCGGAGUCGCAGGGCCGUUCCCCCACCUCGCCGCGGGGCGACGGGAGCCCGGGGCCGGGCCCUCCGGACGGAGAGGAUGGGGCCAGCGAGGUGACGGAGUACCGGUACGCCAGGCCGCGGUACAUCCAGCCCAGCAUCAUGCGCCACAGGCGCUGGGUCCGGGUGAAGACCGAGAAAACCGAGCAGGACAACUGCGACGGCUUGCCGGCGGAGACGGAGACGGAAGCCGCCGCCGAGCCGGAACCGCCGAGCCCCACUGGAGACGAGUUCGGGCUGACCCCCGGCGCCCGAGCGGAGGAGAAGCCGGAGGCCGGCCCUGAGGAGAGCCGGGAGGGGAGGCACCGGUACGACGAGCCGCUGGACUUCUACGGCGCGUCCAUGGAGGAGUUCUCCGGCGACAGGGCCGAGGAGCCCCCCGCGGGGCCCGGGGGGGACCCGGGCGCGACGGCGGACGGCCCGGAGCUGGCCGACGGCCUCCAGGAGGAGACGUCCCACUCGGGCUUCGCCGCCGUGGUCUACAAGCUGUACCCGUGCCAGUGCGGCAAGAGCUUCACCCACAAGAGCCAGCGCGACCGGCACAUGAGCAUGCACCUGGGGCUGCGGCCCUACGGCUGCGCCGUCUGCGGCAAGAAGUUCAAGAUGAAGCACCACCUGGUGGGCCACAUGAAGAUCCACACGGGCAUCAAGCCCUACGAGUGCAGCGUCUGCGGCAAGCGCUUCAUGUGGAGGGACAGCUUCAACCGCCACGUGUCCUCCUGCAGCAGGGCCCACCAGGCCAAGCGCGCCGUCGCCGCCGCCGAGCAGGCCGCGCCCGUAUGCUGAUCCGCGGGUGCCGCCGCCGGGGCGGUUCUCUCAAGCUCAAGGUAGUGAUUUCGGUUUGGCGGCUUGCGUUCACACCCUGAUCCAGAUUAAGAGUCUGGACCUUAGAUAUGCAGUGCCAUUAGUUUUGGGCUGAACCUGGUCGUCAGUUUUUACCAGUUUGCAAUACUUACUGUAUGAGACUAUCAUCAGCUUGGAAACCGCAGUCGGUCCCUUUUUUCUUUAUUUGUAUGUUUAUGUAGCUAUGCUACGCCCAUUUCAGCUCCAUCAUUAAAUCUAGUAGGCAUUGUACCUGAUAGGGAGUGUACGAAAGCCUCAGGCGUUUCUACCGAGUUCUGGGCAGUUUAUGUGUAUUUGCUAUAAUAGUAUGCUGCUAUAUUUCACUGGAGACUUUGUUGUGGUAACUUGCAGUAUUUCUGAGUUGUUGAAAAAUGUAUUUUUUUUUUGAGUCAGAUAUUAUAAAAAAGAGAACAGAAUGGUGAUCACUGAUCACUUCGAUCAUUUACGAUGAAUUUAAGUUUAUGUUAGAGAAGAACUGCCGGCUAUUUUCAUAUCGCUUUAUCAGUAGCGAUAAUAAUUAAAUAAAUAUUAAUGAGAUUGAGAGGUCAACUGUAAGUACAGUGCAUAUUAUGUUGCAUAUGUACAUUGUGAGUGUAAUGCAUUCAACAUUUAAGAAUAUCAUUGGUAUGUUAUAUUAUUAUGAGGUGCUUUAGGGAUAUUUAAACUUUAAUUUGCCUAAGCUCAGUGGUCAUAAAAAUAUGUUUGCGGUUACAUUACUGGUGUGUGUAAAUCAAGCUUAUGACUUUCUUACUACGGGUAUUGUGCUUGUUUUAUUCAGUAGUGAAGCUAUUCAUGCCAUGAAGCAAAAAAUGUAGAUAUUGUUGCUUGGGUUUGUUCACAAAAUCUUCAGAUACAGGUAUUGGGACCUUUGGGUUUGUAUUUGAACAAAUUUCACAGUUUUGACUGCUAUGAUGAAAGAUACCUUAUGUGGCUAAGGGCAAACAAUGUUAUUGGGGCAGUGUAAUGCAUUCCUUUUUAUACAGAAUACAGCCGUAUAUGUGCGUGGGCAUAAAUGUGUAUAUAUCUGGAAGUAUUUAAUAGAUUUUUUUAAACUAAAUUAAUAUACAUUUAUUUAUUAUGAGAGUACUAAUAUGGAAAUGUUAUACUUUUUUAUUAGGUAGUUUUCUUUUUGUAUAUCUAUGAAAGACAAUAUACUGGUGACUGUUUUAUUAUUCCAAAAUCCUUUGUAGAAAUAUUGAAUUUAAAUUCAUGUCUUACACUCUAUGCUAUGAUAUUCAGUCACGCACAAGGUCUAAGUGUGGUUUGAUUUAGAAAAACCGGUCACCUAUAGGAGCAGAUAUUAAAUAUCCAGCUUUUAGGGACUGUGUGCAGCCAUGGGGUUGCAGUGGGGUGAUGGUUCAAAGAUAGGAACAUUUAUAUACGUUACACACACACACAGACAUAGGCAGACAUGUAUCUAUAAUAUUGAUAUUUGACUAGUGCUAUUGAAAUGUCAACUUUGACGACAGUACAGUGUUUGAAAAGCAAAAAAAAAAAAAAAAGCAAAAACAAAAAAACCUUGGUGUUUUCAUGGUCUUUUCCGGUCUAUUACAAAAUAUUUGUUCUAAAUUAUCCAUUUGCUUAUCCAAAACUGGCCCUGUGUCUAAUGAUUAAGGGUGCUGUUUUUUAAUACUUGUCUAUUCAUUGUUGUUAACAGUGUUAAACAGUAUUAUUUAUGGACUUUAAGAACAACAAAGAGAGUGGACCAUUUAAAAAAGAGAAUGGACCAAGCCAGUACUUGCUGGAAAUACCACAGAUAAUCAUUUUUGGGGAAAUAUUUUGGACUUUUGACCUUAGGGCAGUAGUUUGUGUUGUGGUUUCCUUGGAUGAUUCUUUUAGCUCAAUGUAGGAGCAAAGUGGUUGGCUCCUGUCUUUAGUUUUAUUGAAGACAUUGUUUUCCAUUAAGAAUAAGGGGCUGUUCGAAUGAUUUUUAAUUGUUUUUUUUUUUCAAAGGGGAACCUUUGAUAUUUUGUAGCAUUUGAUGCCUUGUUCUAAACAAUUAAACUAACCAUUUUGUGUUUAAUUUGUGAGUGCACAGAACCCUGAGGUUUCACAAAGAUUAAUACUUGAAUACGUUUGUGUAUUAGUUAAAAGAGUAAAGGAUUGAAAUGAUGUUUGUUUUUACUUUUCUCAAAGGAAACCAAGGGUUCAUACUUGAAAAACCCAGGGAAAGUAUUUGGUUGGCCGUACCAAAUGUAUAGAAAUUGGACUUGUGAAGGGUGCAUCCCAAUACUCGAAAAAAUGUAUCCUCCUUUCCUCCACUAUCACCUCUUUUUCUCUGUGCCCCGGAUAAGCGAUCUUUGCAUCCUCCCCUCCCUCCAGUGUCCCAGUACUGGAGGAGACGAGCGUAGCAGCUUCAAACCCAGCUCCUCGUCUCCCCACGAAGGAUACAUCAUCGAUGUAUCCUUCCACGGAAGUCUUUUCACAUUUCUGGGUGACAUCAUGACGCUCAUGCCCACAGAGAUUGAAAGACCAUCCCACAGAAACUGACGCUAUCCAAACUUUAGAAGCGGAGAUGGCGGAGUACUUGAAUUUCCCCAGUUAUGCAAGAUAUUUAACCAAACUCCUGUGCUUCAGUAGAUUAUCACGCGUAGCAUCCUACCCUAAGGCUCAGUUGCCUACAAUGGGUAACAAAAUGCCCGUUUGUUCUUGUGGCUCAUUUUCAGCAAAUAAGUUUGGCAAUUUAAGUUGGGGCAGUAGGUUUAUUUAUUUGCUUGUACAUCUAUGUUGCUUAAAUAAACAUGACUGUAAACAUAAAUAACCAUGGCAGAUACCAUUAUUCAGUCUGUGAAUAUGCAUGAAUGAAUUUAUUCAAGUAACCAGUUCCAAAUGACGUAUUUGUUAUCAGAUGUUACAGUGGGAAACAAUUGUUUUUCAGUGUGAGCACUGAACAUUACGAGACAAUAACAAAUAUAAUAUGAAGCGAGAAAUUCUUUUCACUAAUCUACAGAAAUGUUUCUUAAUUAGCCUUCGUGAGAUGCAGUGAACUGGUAAUAUUUUAUUAUAGGCUGCCACAGUAUCUGAAAUUAUUAUAUUUAUGUAUACUAUGAGAUGUUUACUUUGAUCUAAUGUUGCUGAUUACAUAUUAGUGUGCUGACGCAAACCGUAAUGCCAGGUGCAUGUUUGUGUACUGUUCAUGCAACUACCUGCACUUGAAACUUACAAGCUAUUUUGCAGCUUUAAAUGGGCUGACCAUCUGCGAUUGGCAACGGGACUAUUUGUGGGAAUUAUGAUGGGGCUAUGUCAUUAGUAGUCGAUGUUGAAUUUGAUAACGGAGAAGCAGAUAAGCCAUUCCAAUCUUCAUGCCUGCCCAUUCCAAAUGACCCCUCGGGAACAAUAAAGACUAUCCAAUCCAAUUCUGUCCUCUGGUCUCCUCCCCUCCUUUCCUCCGGAUUCUUACGGGUAGGACACAAGUUGUAGUGGGGGAUUGGAGGAAAGGAGGUGAGGAGUGAAAUGCAUUGGGAAGCACCCAAAGACGGUCCACUCAGUAUGCUUUUUAAAUUAAUGUUUUUAUUUUGUGUGGCCAGCCAAUUUAGCCCUGGAUUUUAUUUCCAUGUUUUUCCAUAAUAAAAGUAAGCUCCUACUGAUA